AUGAAAGAUAAAUAUCGAGAAAAAUGGCAUAUGGCAAAAAAACAGCGCAGUGCUAGGCUGGUGAAUUUAGCUCUUAAUCAAAUAGAUACAGAUAGCAGCUCCCUGAACACUUCAAAUAGAUCCACUGACCAAAAUUGGACCAGGAUACGAGCAAAGGUAUUAUCAACACAUUUUGAAUGUGAGACUCAUACAGAAUCUUGCAAUGCAUUAGACCAUGCAGAAUCUAUAAUUGACAAUAUUCAGCAUUCAAAAAGGGAUGUCACUUCGCCUCAUUUAAAAAAAAACUGGAAUUGUCCAUUCCUAUUUUCCAUGAAUCUACUGUAA